AUGAUGAAUGAAAAAAAGUUGGUUCAGAAUUUCAAGAGCUAUAUCAACGUAUCACCUGUGAGCAAUGGUGAAAAAAAUGGAUCAGUUCACGACUUAAAGCCAAAGUUAUUGAAUGGGGAGAUGAUAGUAGGUGGCGCACAUAGUGUUGUGAUGCUGACUCCAUUAAGCGAAAACGAGCGCGGCCGGUUUGGAGCUCUCUUCGUCACAAACUACAAGCUAUCCUUUGUUCCCAUUGACACUUCGGUUAACGAUGAAUACGGCCAGCGAAAUAACUUGCUAGGCGUAUUUGAUGUGCCCCUUACUUGUGUGGGUGCGCUAUGGCUCACCGAUGGAGGUACGACCCGACGGAGAAGACUUAUGCCCAGGACCGAUAUCCCCGCUAAGCUUAAAGGAAUCCAGCUUGUCUGUAAGAAUAUGAAGGUGCUGUCAUUCAACUUUGUGAACUCACCGCUCGGCACUGGUCGCCAGGUCGUGAUGGCGUUGCUCCAUCACGCAUUUCCCAAACGCCACGACUUAUUAUUUGCUUUUGAAUACAGGGAGCAGUACUAUCCGACUCUACCUUCAGAUAUGAAUAUGUUUCUCCGACCUGCUGAUUGGAAGAGAGAGCUGGAGCGAUGCGAGUGUCCGCACUGGAGGAUAACCUGUAUUAACGGAACAUCCGAUGCGUUCAUGUUGACCGCUGGAGAGACGCUGAUUGUGCCGAAAUCGGUUUUGGAUUAUAACUUGAUGGAGAGCGCUAGACAUUUUAGAUCUGGUCGAGUGCCUGUUUGGGUUUGGGGGAGAGCUGAAGGUGCUGCGUUGUUAAGAAGCGGUGAGCUCCUGCCUACGGAGUUAUCGGCAACUGCAGAAAGUGUUCUCCUGGAACAGGUUCGCCGUUCGCAUCCAAAAUUAACACCUCCGUAUGUAAUAUACCUAUGUGGUAACAGUUAUACGAAUAGUAGUAGUACAAAUGUACUACCAUCACUUGCGUUACUCAACGCUUCUUACAAGAAACUAGCAGACUUGUGCACACCGAACACUUUGUCUCAGUUCUGGAUGCAGGACUCUCAAUAUUAUUCGAUCCUAGAAUCAAGCCGAUGGUUGCGGUAUGUUUGCAAUUGUAUCGUGUUUGCUGAUGACGCAGCCCGGCAUAUAACUGAUAAUGUCACCGUAGUGUUACAGGAAGGUGAUGGCGUGGACUAUUGUGCUGUAGUCUCAUGUGUGACGCAGUUGCUACUUGAUCCAUAUUUCCGGACGAUAUCUGGGUUCCAGUCUUUGAUCCAGAAAGAGUGGUUGGCACUCGGACAUCCUUUCUGCGAUAGAUUCGGACUUCCCAGACCGGGUAGUAGUAAGGACGAAGUGGAAAAGGCUCCUCCCUCUCAAGUGGCGCCAGUGUUCCUCCUUUUCCUGGACUGCGUCUGGCAGCUGCAGUCGCAGUUCCCGGCCGCCUCCAGUCAAGAACCUCUCCACGCUGGGGGAUGUUGCGCACAAUCUUCCCUUACGGUCAACUGCAAUAGAGAUCUGCAGUUUAUUUUAGAUUUAGUCAAUUGA